AUCUUCAAAACGUACCAUACUACAAAUCACACUAACAAAAACAACACACACAAAAAUACAUUCAUUCACAACUCGUACAUUAAAAGACAAGACACGAAUACUACACGCAACAAAAACCAAACACACAUCACACACCAACAGAACGGCGAUGGUCAGCAUUUAAUACGUCACAACGUCCUAGUUCUUCGCCAGCCAGCGCUGGCAUCGCUCUCACCCCUACAUCCACUCCAGACCACCCCCUACUUUCUUUCCUACCCCUCCUCCCACACGGCACCCCCUCUUUUAGGAGGGGAUGCCCCGCUUUGAAAAAAACGCGCGUCUUGAUUUUUUCCGACCCCCUUUUACACUUUUUAAGCGGAGUGGGAGAGCGCGGAGUCGUUCCUUAAACCACGCUCAUGCGCGAUGGCUUCAAGAUUCUGGUCUAAGGAUCUCCGCUCUCGCUUCGGUACGCGCGUCUUGCGUAGCGUUGUCUUCGUUGCAUCCCUUAGAUGUUCUCUCUUGGAAAUAUUAGAAGAUCGUAUAAGGGUUUCUCUCUUCAGACGCGUCAUGCUUCCUUGUCGCGAACGUUGUUCUUGGAUAAGGCCGUCUCUGUUUGUCGGGGGAGAUGUUAGCGAGCGCGUAUAUUCUUAGUAUUCGACGGGUAAAUUCAGGAGAUGGUAGUCUUUCGUGUCUUUAGGCGUCGCGACGCUGUCUUAGUUAUCGGCGACGCUUCUUGAAGGAACGACGCGAAUACCGACGCCGCACCGUGGAAAUUUUCCGGGAAAAUUUCAUAUCUUUUCUGUAAGACCUUCGAAGAAUUUUCUUAAGCAGUGUUAAGUAAUCAUUUAAUUUUUUCUAUCUCUCUCUGUAUACUAAACGGGCAGUUUUUUUCGGAAAAAAGUUUUAAAUAAAUUUUUUGGUGCGCGAAAUAACUGUUGGAACUUUUUGGUGCGCUAUACACAGCGACUUAAGGGAAGUUUUGGUUAAUCUUCUCUACUCUUGUGCAAUAUAUUUGUUGAGUACCUGUUUCCAGUUGUUGUUUAAACUCAUUUUAAGUCAUAUCCAAUCCAGAAACCAGACACGCAGAAAAGGACAGACUCAUCAACCAACCUUUUCUACCGUCUACUACCGAAAACUAAAGUUCCUACAAAACAAAUCCAAUACGACCAUACAAAAACGUCAAACCGCGACGUUUUUGCCACUUGCCAUAUCUCAAAGAAUCGAUACUAACAAUUUUUUGGGGAAAAAUCGUUCACGCUGUUCUUCCACGCACGUUGCUGUGAACGCUAUUCACGGCAAUCACUAUUUCACGUAACCAGUCCGGAAAAUAUCAGCCAAAAUUUUCACCACGGAGGAACAGAACAUUCUCAACAACCUCAAAGUCGAACAUGAGAACCUAGUAGCAAAAUGGUUGCAAAACUCUUUUAAACUCCAAGAGAAUGCAGCUCUGGAUCUAAGGUCUACCCCACUGCAACCCUUGCAGAUACAAAGUCCUCAGAUGACUGAAGUCAACAACCGACCCGUUUUCAAGAUGAACAAUGACUUCUGGAACCAGGCUCGAGGUCCGCCUCAGAACAUGCCUCAGAACCUUAGCAAUUCCAAUCAGAACUCUCCGGUUCCGGGGAGUACUAACUCGAUGCCAGCGCAUUCGCCGUCUCAGCAAUCGAAUUCGAGUCAGAUUCACGUUAUAACGCCGGGAGCGUUGGCUUUGCAACAGGCUCAGAACAGCGCGGCGGCUCAGAAUGCUGCGGCUGCGCAGAACCAGGCUAAUCCGGGCCAGCAGAACGCGAUGAACGCGCAGCAGCAAGGGCCGAAUAGUCAGAAUCACGCGCAGCAAGGCGGGCAACAGAACGCGCAGCAGCAACAACAGCAGCAGAACGCACAGAAUAAUGUACAGGGGCCUCAGCUCACACCUACGGGAGUUUCUUGUUUUCCCGAUGGUCAAAUGGGUGGGGCUCCUGGUCCACAGGCCAACGGUCAAGGUCCACCUCAAAAUUCCAACCAAAACCCACAACUGGGCAGUCCAAACCCCAGCCACAUGAGCAGUCCAACGCCUCAAUCAGGCCAUGGUCAUCCCUUUGGUCAGCAUAACAUGAUGGGCCAACCGUUUGGCAGCGGAUCGAACAGUCCCGACAAACUAAUGACAGAAAAAUUAGUUAGCGAGUUACAGAUUUUCAUGCACAAAUCUGCUAUGCAGAUGCAUGCAAGGGGUGACUUGAGCGGAAGGUCCGAGGUCAAGCCGCACCAAUGUCAGCAAUGUCUCAAGUCCUUCAGCUCAAACCAUCAAUUGGUGCAACAUAUCCGAGUCCAUACGGGUGAAAAGCCCUACAAAUGUUCCUACUGUGAUCGACGCUUCAAGCAACUCAGUCAUGUCCAACAGCAUACCAGACUGCAUACUGGCGAGAGACCGUACAAGUGCCAUCUACCGGAUUGCGGCAGAGCCUUCAUCCAGCUGUCAAACUUGCAACAGCACCUGCGCAAUCACGAUGCGCAAGUCGAGAGGGCGAAGAACAGGCCCUUCCACUGUAACAUUUGCGGGAAAGGUUUUGCCACAGAGUCUAGCUUGCGAACGCAUACGUCUAAAGUAAGCCAUUGUCUUGGUCGUUUGCAGCAACAUGCAGCUUUGAUCGGUGGACCCAACGCCACUUCCUGUCCGUUGUGCCACAAGAUGUUCCUGGGAGGGGAGGCGCUGAUGGAGCAUAUGAAACACACUCACAAAGACCCCAACGCGUCGGGUGUAGCCACCAAAAGGAGGACGGCCAAUCAUCCUUGUCCCGUGUGCGGGAAGCACUACGUUAACGAGGGAUCUUUGAGGAAACACCUGGCUUGCCAUCCCGAAACGUCGCAACUGUCCAAUUCGUUGCGUAUGUGGCCUUGUUCGGUUUGUCAGGCGGUGUUCACUCACGAAUCAGGACUUUUAAGCCACAUGGAACAUAUGCGCAUGGAUCCAAAACAUCAGUUCGCUGCGCAGUACGUUUUGUCAAGAGCAGCUGCGGAGAGAAGAGAGAGGGAGACACUAUUAGCAGCUGUUUCAGCUACAGCUAGUGGUAGCGGUUUGCUAGGUCUUCCUAUGGGAGCAGCAACUGGGUCUCCUAUCUGCGCAUCACCUAGCGCUCAUAGCGACAGCUCUUCUGGUAAUGGAAGGUUAUCAUCAGCUGGCUCAGAAGCUGGAGGCUUAAAUAACAAUAACAAUAAUUGUAACACUAAGUUAGGCGAUAUAUUAAGAAGUAAUAACGGUUUGCAUCAGCAGUACAAUAUGGAGGAUCAAAUCCAGGCCAAUCGGAUGGCUGUUAUAGCCAACAUGGUAAACCAAGGAGGUGUUCCGCCUAAUUUAGGCUCGGAUCCAGCAACAAACAUUGCAAACAUCGCAAGUUUAGCUAUGAGGCUUGGUGUUACACAAGCUAACCAAGUGAACAAUUCGUCAAACCCAUCGACGCCUCCGAUCACCAACGAAGCGCUCUCGUCUCUAUCGGUGAACGCCAUGAACGCCAUGCGCGCAUCGAUGGAUAUGCGCAUGGACGUGAUGCGCAACAGCGUGAUGGAUAUGUCGCAGGCGUCGCAACAAACCGCGCAGCAAUCAGCAGCGCAGGAGGCGCUGAGAAUGCAGGAGGCUGUCAUCAGGUCGCAAGCGGAAGCUGCCUUAAGGCUAGCCAUGCACCAGGCGUUGCCUCAGCUCAAUCAACAUCAGCAAGAGAACAAUCACAGUCCGUUGCGUCACAACGGGCACUACCAAGGGCACCAGACCCAACCUUCUCAACAGCUCAGUCCUGAUCUCACCGAGGCCCUCCGGCUUCAAGAGCAAAGGCUCGAACAGGCCCUAAGACUGCACGGCAGCGAUCCCAGGUCACUAGGGUUCUCCCUGGGCAGCACAGGCAACCUUCAGAACCUGCAGCAGAACCUACAGCAAAAUCUGCAACAGAAUCUGCAAAACAACAUGCAACAACAGCAGCAACAGCAGCAGAGUCAGCAACAGAACUCAAGUAACCAACCAUGAGAAUUCAGUUACUACUGAACACUCAGCUUAUGCCAAUAAAUAUAAUAGUUUGAUUUCGAUUUAGUCUUUUUGUCUUAGUUUUUCUUCUUUUUUAUUAUUACUGAUAAUUGAAGAUCACACUUUUUAAAUUUCUGAUAGUUUGUUUAAUGUAUAUAGUGUCACAGAUAAACUUCCACGUAGAGAAUCGGCUACUAUUGGUUAAAAAUGACUUUUUUAACAAAAUCUCAAAAUAUGAAAUUUAUCCCAUUUAAACUCCCAUUCAAUUAUUACGGGAUUUAUCCCAUUUAAUUCGUCUGUAUGGAAUUUUAUCCCAUUCAUUUUUGAACGGGAUAAAACUUCAGGCAGUAAAAUAUCCAGGUAGAAAAAAAAAUAGUGAUGCUAGCCUAAUAUUUAUCUAGUGAUCAUAAAUUUAUAAAAUAAAUAAAUAGUUUUUAAAGAAAUAACAAAGUUGUUUGUAAAAAAAUUGACUCAAGAAUACGAAAAACUUUCCCAUCAAAAUCCCAAAUCAAAUUAAAAAGAGGGUAUUAUAAAAAAACUCAUUUUUAGCCAGUUGUUGUGAUAAAUCUAUCACAAGUAAUAUUUCACCUAAGGUAAAACCAAAUCUCUUUAAAUCUUCUAUUAUUAUGGGAUUUAUCCCAUUUAAUUCGUCAAUAUGGGAUUUUAUCCCAUUCAUUUUUGAAUGGGAUAAAAUUAAUGAUACAUUUCUGCAUGCGGACCUUUAUCUGUCACACUAUAUGUUUUUAUAUCGAUAAAAUAAAUAUACUGGGUGUUGCAUCGCCUACCUAAUCAAAGAAAAUCUCAUGAAACACCCGGUAUAUUAGUAGAUGCGUAGAACAAAAGAAGAAUGUUUUAAAAAUAUUAUUUUCGUUGUAGUAGAGAAUGAAAAAUGUGCCAAAAAACUUUUUUAAAUUAACAAAAUACAAGUUGGUGUUCAGUAUAGAUAAAACAAUGCCCACGGCAUUUAUCAUUUAUAUAUCGCACUUUACAAGUGCACCACUACAAAAAGUCGUUUUAAGAAUGUUAGGUUAAGUGUUAAAAAUAACAGAAGAAAUGUUUUAAGUCAAGAGAGAGUAUGAUUUAAGGCAUUUCUUUUCUAAGUCUACUUAAGAUGUACAUAGGAAAUCAUUGUUUUUAGAGAGUAUAUUGAAAAUACUGAGGAGUGAAUGACCAUAGGAGAAUUUGAAAUAAUAAUAAUAUAUUUUUCUUUUCGAACUUUUUAAAAAAAAUUCCAACCAUUUAUACCAAAAACUAAAUUUUAGUCAACCAAGGAAAAAAUAUAUAUUUUUUAGUUACUAUAAUAUUUUUUAUUUAAUAAAAAAGAGAUAGAAAAAAUUUACAAUUGGCCGGACCUGUAUGUUUAGCAAUAAUUUUUAUUUUUUUUUGCAAUUUGUACUGUGAUUAUUAUGUUUUUUUUUUAUUAUUUUUUAAGAAAAUCAAAAAAGCGUUAGAGAAAAUAUGAAGCAAGCUGGCGGACAAGAUUUUGACAGUGUUUUUUUCUAACAAAAACUCAAUGAUGUAUUAUAUCGUAUGAUCGAAAAAAAAGAGCGUCAGAGAUGGCUGGGGAAUG